CAGACUUCGAGGUUCAGAGAGCUGCUGCCCAGGACCUAGUCACAGCCGGCCCCCUCCAAUAGGAGUCAGUAACCGUCACAUAGAAGUUAGUGUUUUGUUUAGAUUAGGGAAGGCCUGUUAACACUGCUCUCUCUCUGAGGACAAUGGAAGCGGAAAACGAACACCGGGAAGGAGAAACCACAUUCAGCAACACAGAGAGUAACGGUAAACGUCCGGCCGAAGACCCCGACGAGGAGAAGUCUUUCAAACGUUCCAGGAACUCUGACGACAUGGUGGAGCUGAGGGUGCUGCUUCAGAGCAAAAAUGCAGGCGCAGUGAUUGGCAAAGGAGGCAAGAAUAUCAAAGCGCUGCGUACAGACUACAAUGCCACUGUCUCAGUCCCAGACAGCAGUGGGCCAGAGCGCAUCCUGAGCAUAAGUGCGGACAUCCCGACGGUUGCCGAGAUACUGCUGAAGAUAAUACCCACUUUGGAGGAGUACCAGCAUCAUAAAGGGGUUGAUUUUGACUGCGAGCUGAGGCUGCUCAUCCACCAGAGUUUGGCCGGGAGCAUCAUUGGGGUGAAGGGAGCCAAGAUCAAGGAGCUCAGAGAGAGCACCCAGACCACCAUCAAGCUCUUCCAGGAGUGCUGCCCGCAGUCCACUGACCGUGUGGUUCUGGUCGGAGGAAAAGCCCAACGGGUCGUGGAGUGCAUCAAAACCAUGCUGGAGUUGAUCGUGGAGGCUCCUAUUAAAGGUCGCUCCCAGCCCUAUGAUCCAAACUUCUACGACGAGACGUAUGACUACGGUGGCUUCCCCAUGAUGUUUGAAGAGCGCGGCCGUCGUCCAAUGGGAGGCUUCCCCUCCAGGGGGCGUGGCGGCGGCGGCGGCGGAGGAGGCGGGUUCGACCGCAUGCCGCCCGGCGGGGGCAGGGGGGGUCACCACAUGCCCCCCUCCCGGAGAGAUUAUGAUGACAUGAGCCCCCGCAGAGGGCCCCCGCCCCUGCCGCAGGGCAGAGGGGGGCGAGGGGGUGGUAGACCCCCCCGAAAUCAUCCCAUGGGUCCUCCCCACCACAGAAGAGGUGAUGAUCACUAUUCAUUCGAGUCCCAUCGACACCAUCCCGACAGCAGACAGAAAGGUGACAGAAGAGGGAGGCCUGGUGAUCGCUAUGGAGACAGCAUGAAUGAAGGUGGAUAUGACAGUAAUUCUUCGUGGGAUUCGUACCCAUCUGGUGGAAGAGGUAACUAUGGCGACAUGGGCGGUCCAGUCAUCACCACACAAGUGACAAUUCCCAAAGACCUCGCCGGAUCGAUCAUCGGAAAAGGAGGACAGAGGAUCAAACAGAUCCGACAUGAGUCCGGCGCGUCCAUCAAGAUCGACGAGCCGCUGCAGGGAUCGGAGGACAGGAUCAUCACCAUCACUGGAACUCAAGACCAGAUCCAAAACGCACAGUACCUAUUGCAGAAUAGUGUGAAGCAGUACUCUGGUCGGUUCUUCUAAACCAGGAAAGAUAAAUUCAAGUAAGCCCACCCCCCCUUUACCCUGCCACCCCUCCCCACCCCCCCAUACUGUUCCCACUCCCCUUUUGUUGCUUGUUGUCAAUGUUCUGUGGGUUUAUUUUGAAUAUAUUUUUUAAAAAAAUAUAUAUAUAUUGUUACAAGGGCCGUCUGUUGGCAUAUUCACAGUAACA